GGUAUGUUUUGUCAACCUGCAAGCAUAAGCAAAGCGCACAAAUCGUGAGCAACACAAUGGAAAAAUAACAACGGCAUGAUACAAAACCAAUGGCAGAACAGAACCAUUAGAAGUUACUGCUCAAUUAAUGGAUUCUAACAACAAUCACAAGGAGCCAUGGGAUUGGCAUGGAGAGGAUUAUUGUCUGCAGAAUACAAUCCCGAAUUUCGAUAUUUCGGAGGAGCUGUGGAAUGAUGUGCCUCAAAAUGGAGAAGAUCUUUCCUACAUGUUUGAUGCUGAAACAACUCCGAUUAAGGCUUGCGGUGAUUUGGCAUAUAGUGUCAAUAAUGCAGAUUCAAAUUCAAGAUAUAUUCAAAAGGAACAACUAGAGGAUGGUAGGGAGACUUCUCAAGUUAAGAGGCGGCGGAUGCUACAAUUCGACAGCCAAGAGAGUGACAAUUAUCUUUCCAACAAUGAUUUAGAAGAUGUUAAAAUCGCCAUUGGUUCUUUGAUCUUUGUUGAAAAGCUUACACUCAAAGUGAAAACUGCUGUUAAGAAAGAAAGGGACAAACUUGAUGCAGUUCUGGUGUUUCCAUCAAUUCCUGAAGUGAUGAGGUUGAACAAAUUGAGAUCUUCCAGCCUGUUGCAGCUUGGACAAUCAAAGAGUCAUUUUUUCCAUAUUUUCAAGAAGAAGAAUGCUUCUUCUGUAGGAUUUGCUGAUAGCAUAAUGAAGCUUAAUUUCUUCAAGAUGAUUAGUGAUUCUUUUGUUCCUGCAUUGAAAAGGAUUGAACAACUUGCAAGCAACAGUGGAUUCCAGUUUGGUAACCAAGCAAAGUUAACAGAGUUAUGUAACAUCACACCAUCGCAUGAACAACAUGAACGAAAUGUGGUUCCACCGAAUGUCAUUGGAGUCUCUAAAAAUGUUGUCUUCGAAGGUAAGAAAUCUUUUAUAAGGACACCGACAAAGCUGGCUUCUACUGUGGCAUAUCCAUUUGCUUUCAUUAAACCAGGUGGUGCCCAUGGAGAUGUUACUCUGAAGAAAAUCAAUCAGCGCAUUCUGACCCCUCCUUCAAAAUCAAUCCAAAGCUGUGAUCAAAACCGAAACCGCUUUUGGAAUCUUCAAUAUUUUUACUGCAGUAACACAAAGCAAUUGGCAAGUGUUAAAAUCCAGAAAAUUCCCAAAUUGGAAUAG